AUGGUGCUGCCUGAGGCGACAUUGCUGCCUAAGGCACGCGCUCCUGCCUUCCCAACGUCACCCCAACCUGACAAGAACAUUCUUCACCUCAACAACAACGUUCCACAAACAGCACACGGACGUCCUUCAGCGACAUUUUCGCCCGAGCACUCCGUCUUGUGGACUGGGUAUGCCUGGUCACAUCCGCCGGCUCCUGCUGAGCAGGAAGUUGUUCGUGUCUACGUGCCAGACAGCUCAAAUGAGAUGAUCGAGUACAGAGGCCAGCGCUUUCGAAAGGCUCCUUCGGUUCUGCCGCCACCAUCGCCGCAUUACUUUCAACAGCACCCUCCACCAUCGCCAUUCGGAAAGCAGCAGCUUGAGCCUCAGUUCAUACCUCCAUGCCAACUGGCGGAAGUCAUCGUGUCGCCCAACAUGGCCCACGACCGCCCUGCAUCAAAUUUGGAUGGGGCCCAACCCAACACCCAGGGCCCACGACCGCCCCGUCCCAUCUAUCGGGCCGCAAGAAGACCUGCAAAGAGAUGCAACGGCGCCUGCAGCAACGCAACAGAGCGACCCAAGGUCAGGCGAGAAUCGGUCGCACCCGGCCACGCCUGA